AUGCUUUGGGAUAUUAAGACACAUCAUACCCCUAGGAGGAACUUCAAAUUUAGCCUGAAAUCUUUACAGGUGGUUACUAUAUUGGUUUUAUUAUUAGUUUUAAUUUGGAUAAUUCAUGCUACUAAAUCUCAGCUUCAAAGUGUUUCAGACCUAAGGAACUUUGAUUAUUCUUAUGGUACAACUUCACAUAUUGAUCCUUCCAAAAUUGAAUCUUUGUCUUAUAGGAAACUUUCAAGCAUCACAGAUAUGAAUGAUCAUGAUUCUGGCUUCCCACAAAUCGUUAUUGCAACUGCUGACUCUAUUGCUGAAGAAACUGACCCAUUUUUAUCUACUUUGAAAAGAACAUAUUUAAGUUAUAUCACACAUAUAAGGCAUUCUUUGGAAAAUAAUGAUUUCAAUCCACGUAUAUCAUUUUCAUGGAAUGAUUGGUAUAAUUUUGAGUUAUAUGAUAUGAAUACAACGGAAAACUACUCAGAGGAUGAAGAACUGGGAACCAGUAAAGUUUUUCAAAAAUCAGAGUUUGAAAAGGCAUCGGAAGGUUUAGAUUAUAUUGGCUCAGGUGAAUAUAAGGUUAAUCAAUUGAUAUUUAUGGACUCGAAAAGCGAUAGAAACUAUAUUAUACAAAUCAAAAAUCAAGAUUCGAGUAAAGAUACUGCGCAAUUUUUGGAAAAACUACAUGAUUUAGAUGCUUCCGAUAUUACUUUGGAUCAAAUUGCAGAAGAAAUGGAAAACAUUCGUGAGUUAGUUAAGCCAGAUCCAAUGAUACUUUCCCAAGAAAAAGUUGAGACUAGAUCAAAUACAAAUUACAAUAGUUUUGAUAAUGAUGAAUUAUUUAUUAAUUUACAUUUGGAUGAUUUUAUUUUUGAAACCACACAUAUUGAUGAGCUUGAUUUGGUGAGUCUCUCCUCAUCAAGCAAAAACUUACUGAACUUUCUUAAAAAUCUUCAUUUAGUUGAACAACAAUACGAUACUGAUUUUGAGAAAUUUUUCAAUGAAGUUGAAUUGAAAGAUGAUAAAUCUUUAGCUGGUUCUCAUUAUGAUUCAAGAUUUUUCAAAAAAGUAUUACAUGGAAGACAAAAAUAUUUUGCUUUGCAUCAUCUAAUCAGAACAUGGCAAGAAUUUGCACAAAAGGAAAAGAUUAUAUAUUGGCUAUCUCAUGGUAAUUUAUUAAGCUGGAGAUGGAGUGGUGUUUCGUUUUUAUGGGAUCAUGAUUGUGACAUUCAACUUCCAAUAAGACAUUUAGAAUAUCUUGCUAUAAAUUAUAAUGGUUCUUUGAUUAUUGAAGACCCAAAUACCGGAUUUAAUAGAUAUUUAAUUGAAAUUAGUCCAUAUUUUGUUGAUAGGGUUAAUGCGAAUUUGAAAAAUUCAAUUGAUGGAAGAAUGAUUGAUCUUGAAACAGGAUUAUACAUUGACUUGACGGGAUUGAGUGCUAAUGAGUUAAAGCAAGAGUUGAUCACAGAUAAGCAUAUUCAUAAUUAUACAUUUGGGUCUUUAACACCACUUCGUUCAACUUUAUAUGAAGGAGUUACUUCUUGGAUACCACAUGACACUGAUUAUAUAUUAACAAAGGAAUACCCUUCUGGUUUAAAAAAUGGGAAGUACAAUGGUUUCACAUACGUUGAAAACUUGAGCUCUUGGAUCAAAGAUUUAGAACAUUGUCUUGAACCCAACUUACUGGAAGAAGGCAAAUAUUUCUUAUCAAACUUUAGGUCUAAAAACUGUGAUGAUCUAAGCAAUGAACACUUCAUAUCAUUAACUCAAUAUUGGACCUUGAAGCAAGUGGAAGAUAGAUUUACAUGCUUUAAUAAGGUACAUUGUAAACCACCGUUUAGUAAGGAAUAUCUUUCAAAUUUAGUACCCAGUGAAUACUUGAAUACAUUAUCGAACUCAGAAAAAUGGGGAAUUUCAAGUUUUGAAACAAAAGGAAUUAGAGAUCUUGUCAGAUCUUGGAAGUUACCUAGUAUACCAGGAAGUGAUAUGACCAAAGUGAAGUGGUAUUGA